CCAUUCCACCUCUAGCAGUGUACUCCGAGAAACCCAAGAGCCCGUGCUAACACAACACAAACAUGGCGGCUACUGCCACCGACACACAUCAAUAAGAACAUCGCCAACAAGUGGAACAAACAAACUUUCCUGGGAUUAUUGGAGCGUGCGCGCUUUUUACUAUCAACAGCGAUUCCCCCCAUUCGCACAAAGGUGAAGACGGAGUAUCGAGGCGGUCAGAUCAGCAACUUGCCUACAUGUCAACGUCCUCUUCUUUAAAACAGUAAACAGCUGGCACCGGCCCAGCCAUGAUGGAGGACAAGGGCCACCGCGUGAGCGACUACUUCGUGGUGGCGGGCCUGACGGAGCGCUCGGCGCCGCUGGAGCAGGACCUGUCGGAGGCCAAGGCGGGCGGGCCCAAGGCGCCCAUCUGCGAGCUGGCGGUCAUCAACCGCUCGGCGGGCGAGACGGUGCCCGAGGGCUUCACCUGCAUCGAGGUCACACCUGGCGGUCAGCCCGCCAACCUCAACCACGGCAGCCUCAAGAGCCCCGAGCUCUUCCUGUGCUACAAGAGGGGCCGCAGCAAGCCCCCGCUCAUAGACAUCGGCGUCCUGUACGAGGGCAAGGAGCGCCUGAUCCAGGGCUGCGAGAUCAUCCAGGCGACGCCGUUCGGCCGCUGCGCCAACGUCAACAACAGCUCGGCCACGUCGCAGCGCAUCUUCAUCACCAUCCGCCGCGACCGGCCCGUGCAGCCGCAGAACUCGCUCUCCGUCACCGACAUCUGCGUCAUCAUCACCAACAAGGGAGAGACACCGCCACACACCUUCUGCAAGGUGGACAAGAACCUCAACUGCGGCAUGUGGGGAUCCAGUGUUUUUCUUUGCUACAAGAAGUCAGUGUCUGCCUCCAACUCCAUUGCUUACAAUGCCGGCCUGAUCUUUCGCUACCCGGAGGAGGACUACGAGUCGUUCCCGUUGUCUGAGUCGGUGCCGCUGUUCUGCCUGCCCAUGGGUGCCAAGAUCGAGUGCUGGGCGCCCAACACGCCCUACCCGCUGCCCGUCUUCUCCACCUUCGUCCUCACCAUCUCCUCCGGCGAAAAGGUGUACGGCGCUGCGAUCCAGUUCUACGAGGCGUACCCUCUGGAGCAGCUGAGUGAUCGCCAGAGGCAGCAGCUGGGCCUGGUGACGGCGGUGGAGAAGAAGCUCAUCACCAACCGGCCCGUCAACACCAACAAGUGCAUCUGCCUGCUGUCCCGCUGGCCCUUCUUCGAGGCCUUCCGCAAGUUCCUGCUCUUCCUCUACAAGCUCUCCGUGUCCGGGCCGCACCCCCUGCCCAUCGAGAAGCACAUCUCCCACUUCAUGCACAACGUGUCCUUCCCCUCCCCACAGAGACCCCGAAUACUGGUCCAGCUUUCUCCACAUGACACCUUAAUCCUGUCUCAGCCUGUGUGCACUCCUCUGCCUCUGAGUGGGGCUGAUUACCGGACGCUGCUGAUGAAUCUGGGGGCUGAGAACUGUGCCAUCGUGCUGCACUUCGUGCUGAUGGAGAGCAAGAUCCUGCUGCACUCCCUCAGGCCUGCCGUGCUCACCGGGGUCGCCGAGGCCGUCGUGGCCAUGAUCUUCCCGUUCCAGUGGCAGUGCCCGUAUAUCCCCCUGUGCCCCCUCUCCCUGGCGGGCGUGCUCAACGCUCCCUGCCCCUUCAUCGUGGGCGUCGACUCACGCUACUUUGACCUCUACGACCCCCCGCCGGACGUGGUGUGUGUGGACCUCGACACUAACACCAUCUAUCAGUCGGACGAGAAAAGACACUUGAACUGGAAGAAUCUCCCAAAGAAGCCGUGCAAGAAUCUCCUCAGCUCCCUGUGCAACUUGCAGAACCAGCUGGCACUUGUGCGUCGCAACACCCCUGAGACCUCUGCGGUGGACAUGACGCCCAUCGAGGCGGACUUCACGUGGCAGAAGAAGAUGGCGUCUCUGGAGAUGGAGAUCCAGGAGUCCUUCCUGCGCUUCAUGGCCACCAUCCUCAAAGGCUACCGCUCCUACCUCAAGCCCAUCACCGAGGCCCCCUCGGACAAGGCCACCUCCGCAGACUCCCUCUACGACCUGCAGGGUUUCCUGAAGAGUCGUGACCGCGCGCACCAGAAGUUCUACUCGCAGCUGACCAAGACGCAGAUCUUCAUCCGCUUCAUCGAGGAGUGCACCUUCGUCAGCGACAAGGACACCGGCCUCGCCUUCUUCGACGACUGCAUUGAGAAACUCUUUCCAUCCGACAAAGGAACGGACAAGGGGACAAAGGUGGAGGGGGAGUGGUCUGAGGACACUCGUCUGAUGGAGCUGGACGAGUCCCAGAAGAGCGAGCACACGGUGUUCGUCAUGCCCCCAGAGCCCCCCCCAGACGACGGCACCGACCCCCCCGCCAGAUACAGUUAUGAGACGUUUCCUUCCCUGUGUCUGGACCUGUUCGAUCGUCCUCGUGAGCUGCGUCCGGCUCUGAGCAGUCGCUCCGCGGGGGCCAGCCUGUCCAGUAGUCCCGCCCUCCUGGCCAAGAGGACCAAACAGGAGAUCAAGCUGGCGGUGAAGAUGGCGAAGCGUUACUAUAGCAACCCGCCGCUGUGGGCGCGCUGCCUGAUCAGCCACUGCUACAGCAUGUGGUUCAUCUGCCUGCCCGCCAGCGUGAGGUCCGCCCAGUCCAAGACCCGCGCCAUGCAGCAGGCCUACACCGUGCUGCUCAAACUACGCACCUCCGAGGUGGAGAUGCUGGACGAGGUGUGCUACCGUGUGGUCAUGCAGCUGUGUGGUCUGUGGGGAAUGCCCGUCAUGGCGGUCAGAGUGCUCAUGGAGAUGAAGAAGGCUGGUGUCCACCCCAACGCCAUCACCUACGGAUAUUACAACAAGGCGGUUCUGGAGAGCACAUGGCCCAGUCAGAACCGGAGCGGUCUGUUCAUGUGGACCAAAGUGCGUAACGUGCUCCGAGGAGUGGCCCAGUUCAAGCAGGCCAUCAAGGGCUCCUCCAGCCCUGAAGAGGGCGCCCUCAUCCCCUCCAUAGUGUUGGUGGACGGCAGGGUGCGCUCUGCAGAGGUGGACCGGCUGAGUCACGGCAGUGGGGACAGCUCCAGCGAGCCCAAUGGAGACGAGCACGUGCUCUUCUCACACACAAUCACCACGGACAACCACUGCAGCAACACAGGGGGUCAGUCGGAUCAGGGCUACGGCUCCAAAGACGAGCUCCACCAGGAGCUGAACUCCUCUGUGCUGCCCGCUCCCAUCCAGCCAAUCAACAGCAAGGCUAGCCCCACACACACUGGUGGGGACAUAGCUGGUUCGGUGGACAGUGCGGUCGCCGUGACAACACCGCCCAGUCCUGCGGACGUGGUGCCCCCUCCCCCAAGCAUCGUCAAGCUCUCCACCGGCAGCUUCGACAGCACCGCCGGCGGUGGAGGUGGCAGCAAGCUCUUCAAGCCGCGCAGCAAAAGCGAGGACGUCGCCCUUCCCGAGGACGACGUUUGCCUCCCCUCCGUCGCCGUGACUACAGACUCCUCCUCCUCCUCCUCCUCCGUCCCUGGCGUUGCCGGUCCCAGUCCUUCGCCCGGGGCCUCGUCGUCCGCCAGCGGUGGCGGUGGUGCCGCCGUUGGCACGGUUGCCGGGGCAACGCGCGCCAAGGCGUUUGCGGAGCGCAGCUGCAGCUUCAGCGCGGAGAGCCGUGCGGGGAUGCUCAGCAAGAAGGGCAGUCUGGACCAGCUGACCAUGGCCGCCCACAUGGGGGCCGACGCGCGCAUCCUCACACACGCGCUGACCGGAGGAGCCAAGACGCCGCCGCCCGGUCACACACACACGCACACACACACACACACGCCAGGCGGGACGCCCACACCCACGCCGGGAGGAGGAGGGACGGCGUGCUUCUCUUUCCCAGAGCAGGAGGGGGAGGAGGAGGAGGAGGAGGAGGAGGAGGAGGAAGAGGAGGAGGCGUCGGCACACACGCCCACACCCAGAGAGGAGCAGGAAGAGGAGGAGGAGGCUGACAAGGAGGAGGCGGAGCCUGACGAGGCGGACGGCGGAGAGCAGGCCUCAGGGUCAGAGGUCACGACCCCGAGCAUGGUGGCGCGGAGCAUCAGCACGAUCUCGUCGACCUCGACGACGAGCCGCGUUGCCGAGCGACUGGACGUGGAGGCGGGCUCGGACCCGCUGUCCCUGCUGGUGUCGGAGAGCGAGGACGCCGUGUCCGUGCAGAGCCAGGAGUCUCAGACGGGGGGGGCCGCGGCCCCCCAGACCCCCCAACGCCAGCUGGCCCACGAGAUCGAGCUCUACAUGAGCCUGGGCGCCAAGGCGUCCGCGUCCAACACGGACCUCGCCCAGAACACACCCCCUCAGGGCGCUUCGGACGCGACCGACACCAACGCCACCACCGCCGCCGAAGUAUCCCAGCAGCCUCUGCUUCACCCUGCUCCCCCGUCAUCGUCAUCGUCAUCGUCGCUGGCGAAGCAGCCGCUCGAGCGUCGCUCCAGCCUCCCGGCCGCGCCCCCUCCGAGACCUCCGCCGCCGGGCAGUACGGGCAGCACGCCCAAGCGCAGCCCGGCCACCGUCUCGCGCUCCAAGACCUUCGCCGUCAAGUCCAGCCGCACGGCGACGACCCCGACAACAGCGCUGCAGAGCCCCUCGCGCUCGCUGACCGCGCCCUCGGUCACGCUGUCGGCGCUCGUACGGUCGUCGCAGAGCGGCUCGCUCGGCUCGGUCAUGAACUCCAUCUCGGGCAUCAAGAUGGACGCGCUGCUCUCGGGCCCCAAGAUGGACGUCAUCAAGUCCGGCAUGAAGCAGGCCGCUACGGUGGCCAGCAAGGUGUGGGGCGCAGUGGCCUCCGCAUACAGCUACUCCGACGACGAGGAUGAGCAGGGUCAGCAGCGUGACGGUUUCCCGGCGCGUCUUGAUGACCAGUUCCUGGCGGGGGAGGGGUCAGGAGUGGAGGGUUCCGUCCCCCGAGGCCUCAUCCCCAGCCUGGCCUCCAACGGCCUCACACACUCUUCCACCAGCCUGCACAGCAGCAGCGGCAGCAGCGACACACACCACAACACACCCAUGACUCCAGGACGCUCGAUGAGAGGCGGAGACUCAGAGCAUAGCUCCUCCCAUCACGCCAGCUCCUCCAGCAUCUACCAGAACUGCUCCCUAGAGGUGUUGAUGUCCAGCUGUUCCCAGUGUGUGAAGUGUGAGUGUCUGGUGUAUGACGAGCAGAUCAUGGCGGGCUGGACGGCCGACGACUCCAACCUCAACACCACCUGCCCCUUCUGCCAGAGUGCCUUCUUGCCCCUGCUCCAUGUGGAGUUCCACGACCUACGCCCACCCAGCGGCUUCUACCUGAAGCCAAGUGAGUCUGGCGACAGCCUCCCAGGCGCUCAGCCAAUCACCACCUCCGAACAGAAGGUUGGCUCCACCCCCAACCCCACCAACUCCAGCGACCUCAUGAGCUUCCCAGAAUCCACCGAGGAGGGAGAGGAGGACGAGGAGGCCGCCAGCAGUCGCGCUGGCGCACAGAAGACGUUGGUGCUGGAGCCGGCCCAGUCGGACCCUCUGGGCAUCGUGGAGAAGCGCGGCACCUCUCUGACCCGCAGCAACAGCGUGGGCGGGCCCCUGCAGAGCCUGAGUGGCAGCCAGCGGCCCAAUCACGGCAUCUCCACCACCAGCCUGCCCAAUAGCCUGCACGAUGUGGCGGAUUCCUUGGGGCAGAAGCGUCCCAAUCCGAAGCCGGUGUCGGUUCCGUACCUGAGUCCUCUGGUCCUGAGGAAGGAGCUGGAGUCUCUUCUGGAGAACGAGGGGGACCAGGUGAUCUACACUCACAAGUUCCUGAGUCAGCACCCCAUCCUGUUCUGGAACCUUCUGUGGUAUUUCCGGCGCCUGGACCUGCAGAGCAACCUGCCAGGACUCAUCCUCACGUCCGAGCACUGCAACAACGGAGUCCAGCUGCCCCAGACGUCCCUGUCUGCUGACAGUAAGCAGGUGUACAUCCAGCUGCUGUGGGACAACACCAACCUGCACCAGGAGCCCUCAGAGCCACUCUACAUGCUGUGGAGGAGCUUCAUGGAGCGUAAAGGGACGCUGGACCCGAGUGACCACCAGGAGACGCGUACGCUGCUGAACAGCAUAGUGCGCAGCAUCCAGACCAACGACGUGUACUCGCCCAUCAACGUGCUGCUCAGGGAGGUCAAGCGCCACCCAGAGGUCAAGAGGCAGAGGAGUAUCUACAGGGAGAUUCUGUUCCUAGCCCUGGUGUCUCUUGGCAGAGAGAACAUUGACGUGGAGGCGUAUGAUCGUGAGUACCGGCAGGCGUUUGAUGAGUUGAGUGCUGAGCAGCGGAAGGCCUUGGCCCCCAUGGACUGGCCGCCCAACAAGAGUGUGCAGUGGUGCCUCAAGACUUUCGGCGCUCCCUUCAUCUGAGGCCCCCUAGGGGCAUGGAGGACCAACAGCACCCUCCCAAACACCCAGCCACCCACUCAACAACACCCCCACCCCCCCCCCUCCCCAACCCCAACCGCCUCUGGAGCUACGCUGGGGUCAACUCUGUAGGGGUCAGGGGUGAAGGGUCAUGGCACUAUGGAAACGGGGUUCUUCUGUUGUUGUUUUCGCUUGUUUGUUUGUUUGUUUGUUUUGUACAGUUGAUAGCGACUUUGACAGCAGCACCCUGACCCAAAGAUGGUACUUUUGACCCCCCCCCCCCUCCCCCCCGUCGCCACGUCAUGCUUUCAUCACUGCAAUUCUUUUUUUUUUUGGUCGUCCUCUUCGUCUUCUCUCUCUCCAUGAGCCCCGACUCUCCGCUGCGUUGUCCAGACGACAGGGUGUGAUCGUGGCCCUCGGUUCCUCUUGCUGAGUCUUCGGACGCUCCGACUCCCCCCAUGUGACUGCUGAAGCACGCUGACAGCAACGUGUGUGUGUGUGUGUGUGUGUGAGGGAGAGAGGUGUCGUAGUGUGUUGUGUGUUUUGGAUGAAGAUGACAGUGUGGUCAGGUCUAAAAAUUCAUCUCUCCCUCUCCCACACACACCUGAUGUUUCACCCCCCCCCUCCCCCUCUCCGCCGCGGCAACAGUUGCCGUGUGGGUGUGUUGUCCUACGCACCAGGGUCGCCAUGACAACCAGUCUUAACUAUUUGAUGUGCACUUUCUGAUGAUGGAUGUUCUGUCGGCCGGGUUGGAUCUCUUAUAAAGUCUCUUUGAUUUUAGUUGUUAGUUUUUUAUGUAUAUAUUUUUCUACGUUGGGCCUGCGCGCGUGCGCGCGUGCGUGUGUGUGUGUGUGUAUGUGUGUGUGUGUGUGUGUGUGUGUGUGUGUGUGUGUGUGUGUGAGAACCGGGUUGCCUUCCUCCCAGAAUGGGCUCUUUUCGCUGUGACUUCUGGGUAAUUUGUCUUUGACAGCCAGCUUAGGGGGACACUAAGAUGUGAGGUCAGUGUGUGUGUGUGUGUGUGUGUGUGUGUGUGUGUGUGUGUGUGUGUGUGUGUGUGUGUGUGCUUGCAUGUGUGUUGUUCAUCAACAGAUUGGCUAGAGUAUAUGAUGACUGUACUGUAGGAAAUUGUAACACAGACACAAGAUUAAAACAUUCCAGAAAUCACACGAGAGUCUUAAUAAAGGGUGGUGACGGAGGUGUGUGCCCGGUGGCAUCUACCCAGUGGUGUGUGCCCGGUGGUGUGUGCCCAGUCUCGGACGUGCUGACCAGUCAGAAGUGCCAGUCAGGUGACUCGUCAGUCGUCAGGGUUCUUUGAGAUGCUGUUGCAUGACUGUAAGCCUCUUGGGAGAUAAGAAGCCAGUUGUGUCCAAGUGGCUCUCUCUUCUUUCCCUCUCUCAUUCACACACACACACACACAUAUACACACUCACAUAUACACACACACAUAUACACACACACACACACACACACACACACACACAUAUACACACUCGCAUAUACACACACACACACACACACACACACACACACACACACACAUACCCUCGUCAAUUUCUCACAGAGUUUCAUUGUCACAGUUUCAUUGUCACACAGUUGUACAGAAAAUGAUCAUGACUUAAAUAAACACAUAACCACACACAGCACACACCAUAUCUUGAAAAUGUGAGAAAAAAUAUGUACACACAUAACAUACACGCACACACACAAUCUAUAUAUAUACACAGUGCUUGUGGUGUUAUAUGGGACAUUUAGCGCCUUGCCAUCUCAGCUGUAUGUGUGUGUGUGUGUGUGUGUGUGUGUGUGUGCCUUUCUAGCGCUCGUGUUUUUAACCACAAAUGUUUUAAUCACUCUCACACGACAGAGGCGCAUACACACACGCACAGGCCGAUGUAGAAGACACACACACACACACAAACAUACAUACACACAUACACAGAUAUCUUGGGCAGUUUUGCACAGUGUAAACAUGCACACAAACACGGCAUAGCCAGCGUUCCGAGACAGUAACCAUCAGCUGAUGAGAGGGUUAGAGAGAGUUCUUGUGCCUUGCUGCAAAGGCUUGGGAGGUUUUUACUGCUACUAAAGUAACACAACAUAGCCUGCCUUAAUUUAUUUGUCUUUCUCUUUACAUUUUUGUAUAGCUGAACAUGCAUUUAGAAUCAAGGAGCGUUCACUGAGCAGGGGGUCAGAUAUAUAUAUGUGUAUAUAUCCACGUUUUUCUUUACUGGUUGCUUUGCAGUCAUAAACACUCUAAACAUAUCAUGCUCCUUGAACUGACUAGCCAAUCAAAUGUGUUGGUCUACUCUACAAGCUUUGUGAAUUCGCUGCAAAAGGGCUCACGAGGACCUCUAGUGGACGUUUAGAGAAUCACACAAGGGGUUUGAUCGGAGGAAGUAGGCUGCUCAUAACGAACGGCAGAAUGUGAAGUGUACUUAAUUAAUGAAUUAAUGAAUGAAUUAAUCAAUACUGGGCCAAUACUACUGCUGUAGAACCCAGAAGAGGGAGGAGGGAGGGAGGGGGGCGAAGCAAAAACAUUCCGACUUGUGUGUGUCUAGUGUGUAAAAAAAGAAAACACACACUUGUGUAUUUGAUAUCUCGACAGUGUCACCCCCUUUAAGUGAGUGAGUGUGUGUGUGUGUGAGUGUGCGUGUUUUUGAAUCUGGGAGAACCUCAAAUGUGCACAUCAUUUUCUUCAUGUUUUUUUUUUAUUAUUAUUAUUAUUGUUGUUGUUGUUGUUGUUUAGAGUGUUAAAACUUGGUAAGCGUUCAGCCCUUGCACAUAACUCGAUGUGUUGUAAUGUAGAACCGCCAUUCAUUAUUUUUCUCUCUCCUGCAGUUUAACACAUUUUUAACACCAAGUGAUUCCCACAGCUCUCGCCUAUUGUGUACAGUCUGCUUGUGUCCUUUCCUCCACGGUAGACUACAGGAGCUGAUCCUCUCCUCCGAACCCGCUCCAGACCUGGGCCCAGUCCAGUUCAUGGGCCGCUUUCCUGUACAUGGGUCAAAUGAGUUAAGACUACUGUAGUCCUGCACAUAAAAGAGCUUCAGUGGAGGUCUCUACUGAGGAAAAAAGCUUUUAGAUUAGUCGUAGUUUUAGUAGGCUUUUAGUACUAGGCUUACCUCCCUUAGGGUUUGGUACUAACUUACCACCCUUAGAGUUUAGUACUAACUUACCACCCUUAGAGUUUAGUACUAGGCUUACCUCCCUUAGGGUUUGGUACUAGCUUACCAUCCUUUGGGUUUGGUACUAACUUACCACCCUUAGAGUUUAGUACUAGGCUUACCUCCCUUAGGGUUUGGUACUAGCUUACCAUCCUUUGGGUUUGGUACUAACUUACCACCCUUAGGGUUUAGUACUAGGCUUACCAUCCUUAAUCCAUGUAUGGGAAAGUUACGUGAAACUGUUUAAAUCCAGCUUUAUGGCUAAAACCACAACCCCAGCAGGGCCCCUGUGGACCAGGUCUGGGUAUGAGUUGGAGAGGAGGCUCCUUGAAGGUCUCCACCAUUGUAAAUUCCCUUCUGUACCGUCCUGUGGAAUGAGUGUUGGUCUACACCUACUGAAAUAUACUGCAAUAAAUGAGUUUGGACAUGAUUGAA